GGCGGCCGGGCGCACCCAUCGGGCGCAUCUCUCAAAGGAAACCGUCGCAGGUUUCGAUGCAAAUACGUACCGGAGCGGCUGCUGAACUCUGUUUCAUUUUAUAUAGAAAAUCCACACAGAGAAGAACCAGUGACGGUAGAUUUUUGACAGUUUAAGUCUUGGCCAUGGAGGGGAGGAUUUCUACCUUGACUCUGCUGUGUCUGAUGUUGUCAGGUGUUGGUUCCGUCACUGUGGACAUCCCAAAGGAUCUUUAUGAGUAUGCCAGGGGUGACAACAUCACACUGCCCUGCACCUUUAUACCCAAACCCGGCUUCACCCCAACCCUAGUCAUCAUCUCAUGGUCUGCUGAAGAGAGCCUGAUCCUCACUCAUUAUUAUCCUGUGGGUAAUACUGACAUCACAUCGUUGUAUGAAGGUCGGGCGUCCUUGGAUGUAGACGUUAAACAGGGAAAGGCCAACCUCAAACUGUCUUCCAUCAAACUGGCAGACAACGUAAAUUUUGAAUGUCGUCUCCAGAUCCCAAGAGAUGAUGAGGGCAAGCGGGCCGACAGGGCACGUUUGGUUGUUCUAGUGGCUCCAUCUAAGCCCUUGUGUAAAAUCCAGGGUAAGACAGAGUACGGCCAGAACAUCAACCUGACAUGUUUGUCUGAGGAAGGCUCCCCGACACCCACUUAUAAGUGGGAAAGUCGAGAUGUCAGGAACAUGCCUCGCAUUCGAGACCCCAGAACCACUGACAAGGGAGGCAUUCUGUCUCUAUACAAUAUCUCCAAAGAAACAUCAGGAUACUACAUCUGCACCUCAAGCAACAAGAUCCGCUCUGCUACCUGCAACAUCACCGUUGCUGUCAUGCCACCUUCCAUGAACAUUGGCUCCACUGCUGGAAUCAUUGGUGGAGUUGUCUUUUUGAUCAUACUCUUACUCAUCAUCGGCAUCUGUUGCUUCUGCUGCCGGAAAAAGAAGAAAGAGGAGGAAUACGCCAUGAGAGUUCGUGAGGAAGAGUACAGUGACAAAGAGCCAACAAGAAAUGGUGAGGGUCGCCAUGCCGAUUGGCAAGAGGACAUACAAGGUAAUAAAGACUCCAGGGCGAGGAGCCCUGUGGAGCAGAGUGACCGCUACGAUGAACGGAGCGAGCGUGACUAUGACCGCCGCAGAGACUACGACGAUCGGCGCAGCGACUAUGAUGACCGACGCAGCGACUACUCCGACCGCCGUGACAAGUACAGUGACCGCCACGAGCGCUACGACGGGGAACGCCGCUACGACGACGAUCGACGCUACGAUGACCGCAAAGACCGUGGUUAUGAUGAUGACCGCUAUGAUGAGCCCUAUGAUGAUCGUGAACGUGACAGACCACCCCUGCCAGCCAAUAAGCCACCGAGGAGGGACUAUGACGACUAAGGCCUUCAACAAAUAUUAAUCACCAUCUUCCAUAUUUUAUUUUUUAUUUUUUUUAUCUCCAGUGACUUUAGUGUCUAAUUACUGCCUCUAUGGAUCUUGAUGUGACACAAAUGUAACACCCCAACCAUACUAGAGUACAAUCUCUCAUUCUGUUUUUUAGAGGUAGAACCAUGUUAACAGUUGAAUUCAUUGUGAGGAUUAAUUGAGGAAGGGCAGGGAACCCAAAAUGGCGUCCACAAAGUCUGUCUGAUCCAUUUUAAACAGGGAGUGGGUGGGUGGGUGGGGUCAACAGUUACAAGCUCUCUGGUUCAGGUAUAAACAAUGCCCAGGGCACAAACUGUACUUUAGUUGUGUACCAAAACUCACGUCAAACAAAUGAUGGGAACUGGACAAACAUUUUUGAGAUUCCUGUGCAGAGAUAAAAUGUUUUUUCAUGUUAUUUGUGUAAUCCAGAAAUCAGUUGGCAUUUUAACUUUAAACUCUAUGUUGGCAUUGUCACAUACGAAUACAAAGCCUUAUGUCUGUCUGUGUGUCUGUCUUGGAUUCUUCAGGUGUUGGCUGUAACUGGUGGUAGUUUGUUUUUUUAGGAAGCUGCCUCGACACUAAGAAGGGCUUCAGUUUUUUUGUAAUUCUUUGUUUUAUCGUAUAUACCUUUUUAUUUUCUCAUUGAGUUAGGUACUGCAUCCUUGUGUACAUAGCCAUUGAAUCAGUUUUAAUUUUAGUACUACAACUUCUUCUGAUUGUUGAGUUAGAUAAUGUCUCCACAAGAACUCUCAGGGUUUUUUUUUUUUUUUUUUUUCAUCUAAAAUUCAAAUUCAAAUUUUUUUUUAAUACAGCUUACCUUUAACAUGCAAAAUAGAUCAUCAAAUGUUUCCCUGCCAUGUUGUUUCUGUUGAAACGAAAAUAUGGAAAUAUUGUACAUAUGCUAUUAUUGUAUCGCAGCAGUGGUAAGGUUAUAUUCUGAGAUUUAUCAAAAUUUUCUGUUAUUGUGAAACAUUUUGAAAUGUACUGUAAAAAAGCUGAUGAAAUAAAAAUUAACCAAACAGCAA